CAAAAUGGCGGACGAAGUGGAAAAAGUUUUGACCAACGACUGCUUGAUAAAUUUACUCUUUAUAAAGGAUUAUACGACAUAAAAAUGCCUAAAUCACCUAAGGGAAAAAAACGAAAAGUACGUCCUAAGAAAGAAAAGACAAAGAAGCACCCAAAGAGGUUAAAAUUUGAAGAUGAUGAUGGUGAUAAUGUCGAAGUAAAGAGCGCGCUUAGUUCGUCUGACUCUGAAGAAGACCACGACGAGAAAGAAGAAGAUGAACAGACGAACUUGGAAAGAAUGCUGGAGAAAAAUGCCAAGAAAAAUAAUCUAACAGCUAUUAAUGUGAAGAGUAUUUUACAUCAUGUUGUCACGGAUAAAAGAGUACGGGAUUUGGUGCAAAAAGUUAUCGCUGAAGAGACAGCGAAAGAGAAGGAAAAACACAUGGAGGACACAAGUCCAUUGGAUGACAUCGAUUUUGACUUUGAGCCAAAAAUGACAAGAUCCAAGUUCAAGCAAAGGCAUCAGGAUGACCCUAUUGCGAGACUGACAAAAUCACCAAUCAAGAGUCGAAAGCCUGCAUCUGUUUUUACAGAUCUGGAUUUUCCAGAGUCGUCAUCUGACGAGGAAUAUGAUCCAGAAGCUGAUGAAGAGGAUGAAGACACUGAAAGCUGUCUCUCCCAUCAGAGUGACCUUGCCUCCCCUUUCAAACCUGCAUCACCAGACAGUCAAAAGUCAGACACAACUCAGGAAUCAGAUUCCAGCAUAGCAUCAACAUUAGGUAGCGGACCUUUCACAAGACAUAGAUCACAAGAGACCAUUUUUAAGAAGCCAGAUGCCAUUUCUACUGUUUUAACUCCAGAGAAGGAGGAUCUCAUUGCCAAAAGAACAAGAUCUCAUCUUCCAUUAAAAGAAAAUCUCAAGUUUGAUGCAGCUGAUUUCAUGCUGCCAGAUUACAUGCCAGACCUCUACGACACAGUCAAGCUUGAUGAUCUUGAUAAAGAAGACAUUGACUUCCAGCUAUUUCUCCAGCGAUUGAUAAAUGGAGAAGAUGAAGAUAAUGCUACUGAAGACGAGGAUAAAGAAUAUGAUUACAUGGCUGAGAAUCAUAAGGAAGAAAAAGAAGAAUACAGAAACGACAGAGCUGUUAGGAUACCGAAGCAAGAAGUAUCUGAUCUUUUUGAAGAACUCUUAAAUGAGUGUGAUGAAAACGGAAGCUUAGCAGAUCAAAGUCCACUGUGGAGUACACGUGGUUUGUUACCGAUUAUGGAUGGUGAAGAAACUAGUGAUCAGGAUGUUGUGCUGUUUAGUGAGCAGCAAAGAGCCCAGUUAUCAACACAAAUGAACCAGCACGUUCAGCUCCUAAGUCAGGUUUUUCUUUUAUCACGUGAGGACCCAACCCUCCAAGAUGAAGCUGAAAUAUGUCGUCAGUAUGUGAAUGAACUACAAGGAUUCAGUGAAAGGGCUUCCUCGGCACACUAUAUGAUGGCCUUGGAGAGUGGCUACCCUUGUACAUCCAUGUUUGAGGUGCCAGGGCUUUCAGAGGCAAUCAGAAUCGCGAACGAACCCUUUAAUGCAGUAAAACGUCCGCGCAGUCCACGAAAACAAGCUAUGGCUACCAACACAACUGGGAAGAACAAGCUUCGAGGGCCAAUCUUAUUGCCAGUAAUAUCAUCCACUAACCAGACAAUCAUGGCUUCAUCCAUUCUAUUCCAUCGAGAAGAACUUCUACCACGUCAUGGCUUCACUUCUAAAGACCCCAACAUAACCAAGGACGCUGCAAGCCUGAGAGUCAAGUUCACUGAAACAGAAGAUAAUUUACUGGCCUUAGGUAUAAAGCAAUUCCAAAGGAACUGGAAGAUGAUACAGACUCAUUUACUUCCUGUCAAGACGCCCAAACAGCUUCAAAUUCGUUGUAAGAAUCUUCUGUCCAACAGAGCGCAGAUGAAUGUUGUCAAGAAUCUCCGACAAACGAACUCUGUGUGGAAGUUGCCAACUAAAAUUAGACCGAUCUCAUCUCCAGAUGUCGGCAAAAGAUAUGCCUCCUCAGACACUCCAGAUUGGUUGGUCUUGUAUCGACAAAAACUAAAGAAUUCUCGCAAACAUUUGACUCCAAAACAAGUUCAGCCUGUACACCAACGUCAAACAGACACCUUGAUUCCAUCCGUUCCCAACAGCAAUAACAUUGCAGAAUCAAAAGAUGUUCCACGUGUGUCUAACAGUGGAAUAGACGUGGCAAAAGCGACUAGUACUGGGGGUGUAUCAGCGCUGAUGUCAGUAUUUCCUAAUCAAAAUGUGGAUGAAGGCGCUCACUCUAAACAAAUCCCAAAUGAUAACGAUACAAUGAAAACAAACUCAAACCAACGAGAACAACCAGUGAAAAACUUUGCUGUCAAAGCCAAGACUUCAAACGAGUCUUACAAAAAUGCAAACGGUAAAGAAAGUGAGGGAGUCACGCAAGAAAAUAACUCUUCUUCAUGUAGUGCUUUAAAUUUAGAUACUAUCACGAUAUCACAGGAGACUACGAAGGAUAAAACGGACGAAAAACGUAUCGGAAAUGAAACUUCAACUUCGAAAAAUGAAAUAAAGAUGGUCGAAGAACAACGUGAAAUAAGAAAUCCAGACAUUCCUCAAGCAGACAAACAAACAAAAAUCAAGCCCCAAAGUUCUGAAGAACUCAGCUCUCAAACAAGCCCAGGAAAAUCUACCACAGGGAACCCACAGCCUCCAGAUGACGAGCAGAUGGAAGAUAUUUGUGAUGACGGAUCUGUGAACUUUGAGCCUGUGGGGAGCGUAGAAAAUGAAGAGAACAUGCAGUGCACUUCUAGUUCAACGGAUAAUCAGGACAAAACAUUAGUUAUUGGUGAUAUUGGUUCUCACCAAGGAUCGUCUGAGAUAACCAGUGAUAAAGCAGCCAAAUCACCUCCCGUUACCACGGCAACGAAGACUAAAGGAGCACGCGAUAAAUCGACAAUCACAACUACGUCAAACUCUGUACCAAGUGCUACUAAAAAAAUAUGCGCUGAUCCCAUACCCUUAGAUCCUGACCCGAAGGAGCAGGUGAGAUCCCAGGCCCUAGCGGAUAGCUACAUGGCCAAAGUAAAGAAAACUCUCAAAAAUGAUCCAGAACAGUAUGAAGAGUUUCUGGGUACAUUGGUGACGUCAUCAACGAAUCAGUGGACCUCAGUACAGUUGUACCAUCGCAUAGAAGUGGUUCUGUCAGAAUACCCAGAGUUGGUUGAAGAUUUUAUUGCGUUUCUUGAACCAGAAGAAGCGUUAGAAGCAGGAGUGCUUAUGGAAAAUUUGGAAUUCGUUCGAGCUCGCACGUUUUUACGAAGACUAGAGGUCCAUUUUCACAAAACUCCGUCACAUUUCAAAAAAAUCAUCAAGGCAUUCAGCUCGUGGAAUGCUGGAGACAAAACACCUACUGAGCUGCACGAGAAAAUCAUUCCUCUAUUACGGGGACAGCAACACUUGAUAGAUGAAUUCCAGUCUUUUUUCGACAAUUUAAAACCCCCAGUCUGCUCUGAAGAAGACUUCGAGGAAGUUGAAAUUGGAAGUGGUAGCGACCCCGAGGUUGAUGACUUUGAAGAAGUAGUCAUACCCAAAGGCAAAACACAGGCCAAAUUACGACAAACAAGCGCCACAACACGGACAUCAUACCCUGGUAACAGACAGAAAAUAACACCAAAACCCACCACUAUAGCGACAAGUAAAACAAAACAAGAUCAAACAAAGCCAGCUCGUCGGAGAAACAAACCAGUCGAUAGAUCAUCCAAAACAAGUCCAUUGUCCAGAGAUGAUGUUUCUGUGCUCAGUGAAGGAGAGGAAGAAACGAGUGUCAAAAGAGUUCAAGGUGGAGGUCCUGUCGACAAGAAUUUCAAGAAUCUAUCACCGCAACAGAAAUCCAUUGAAAGGCCGAUGGAGUGUGACGAAUCAUCUUACGAACAAAACCCGAGUUCCGUCCGAACCGAUGGAAGCGCUUCAGAUGGUCCCUUGUCCGUAGCAUCAUCAUUAAUCAAUGAGACUAGCAAUGACAGCUUAAAAUAUGAGGAGCGAGACGAGUAUUCCCGCUCCAACAAACUAUUGAUACACCAAAGAACGACCUCGACUGAUGACGUCAUUGAUGACAUCAGUAAUGACGUCAAUGAGUCUGAAAACGACUACAGUGUGAGGCAAGAAAUACCCAAGACGAGUAAAAACUUUUCGAGUGACGCAUUCGAUGACGUCAGCACUGACGUCAUGGAAAAUGAAAACGAUGAUAACGAAGAUAGCGAUAAUUAUGACGAAAUGACAUACGAAGGAGCGGAGGAUGAAAAAGGGAAUGGAACGGAUUUGAUGGAAGACAGAGUUAUCUCAGCCAGAAAUCACUUGCUUGGACAAGAUGGUCGGCUUAUCGUUCUUUGGACACGGGAGGAUGAUCGCACUAUUUUAUCAGUUUGUCACGAUCAAGGAGCCACAUUACAGACUUUCGAGGAGUUGUCCAGAAGGCUAACGGGAAAGUCUGCUCUGGAGAUCAAGACUCGGUUCGAAGAAUUAAUGAAACUUUUCCAAGCUGACUCUAAAGAACCCAGUUCUAGUGAAGAAGAGGAUGAGGAAGAGGACAGCGAAGGAAGUGAGCCCGAAACAGACUCAUGAAUAAAAUAAUCAAGAUUAAAUAGUA